UGAAAAGUGGUAAGUUCACAAAUGAACAAAGAGGUUCAAAUUCAAAGAUGAUAAAAAAGCCCCACGUCCGCCACCACUUAUGGUAACAGCAGAAUAUUUAAUUGCGAUCUUGAAGAUACUCGUGACUAUUUAUUGUAGCAAUAUCCAAUUAGAACCAAGAAAACCGAAAACUGAACAACGAAAAACUGCAGAAUUUUAUCUCGUAAAUGUUAUUUUGCAAUAAACGAAAAGAAGAACAAAUAUAAUUACCUAAUGAGAACCAUCAACAACGUAGUUAGCAGAUUAUAAAACUCUAAAAUGAUUUAAACCAAAACUUUACGAAUAAUAAAAAAUGUGAAAGGCGUCUAAAAACUUGGUACACCAGUUCAGUGGACCGAUUUUGGCUUAAAACCGGAACGGAAACUGUAUCGGUUGUCACCCGUUGUCAGGAUUGCAACUCUCUUCACAGGAAAAAUAUGCAUGUGGUAACAUUAUACCCUGAGACGAUUGCAACAUUAGCCACAUUUAAUACCUUAAACGAAAUUAGAAAUAUCAACGCCAACAGUUGGAAAAAAAACAGUAAAAGUAGAAACAUAAACAAAAUUACAAAAAAACAAUUCAUCCCAAUUGUCGCUGAAAAUCCGAGCGACAGAAUUUUUCAGCAGCCCACAUCUUCUAACUUAAACAAUAGAAAGGGUAUAUCUUCUGAUUCUAGUAAUGACAAUAUCAAUAAUGUUAAAUACAUUAGACCUUCAACAACACUAACAAAAGCAAAAAACGAUACGACACCAAAAACUCAAACACUCGUAGCCACAACCAUAGUAGCAGCAUUGAAAGCCGUGCACGAAAUGAGUCAACACGACGGUGUCACAAAUAUGGCGAGAAAUAAAAUAUUUGCAAAGAUUUUGCCAAGCAAUAGUUUCGGCAGCACUUCGGGCGAUGAUAACGUUUCUUUUGGCGAUGACAAUGAGGGUGCGUUAUGUGUCAAUAAUGACAGUAUUAGUAGUAAAAGCCGCAUCGGCAGCAUCAGCAACAGCGACGAUAAAAGCAACACGGCUGCGGUAAGAAACAACAGCAGCAGCAGAAUGGACACAAACGAACGAGAUCGAAAACGUAAGCGUUAUUUAUCUGACGAGGAUUGUACCCGAACAACUCGCCAAAAACAGCAUCUACUACAACAGCAACAAAUUGAACAACAUGGAUACUUAUGUGACAUAGCCUCAGUGUUGGCGAAGAAAUCGAAACCUAUGACCGAGAACGCAAUUAAAUGCAGCAGCAACAGUAGCAAUAGUAACCCAAGUAAUAGUGGAAGUGAUGCGCUUUCCAGAAAAUGGUUGCGCUCCUCACUUUCUGGUGGUAUGCAAGAAAGUAUGGCGACAGAAAUUGGGAAAGGGUGUAGCAUUAUGGAACACAAACGUAUACUGCAAGCAGACUCUUACCGAAAACAGAGCGACAACACAAUGAUCAGCAAAUGGCGAAAGAGCACUGAACAGAGAUUGUCAAAAAAGCAAGGUUUCUCUAGCUCCGAUUUUAGUGAUGACAACGGCGAAGACGAACAUAAUGAAAGUGCCGAUUGUGAUAAUGAGCUUGGUAAUGAUGCAGUUUAUAACGACGGUGUUGUCAAUGAAGAGCGGGCUGUACAAAGCGCUGAAAUUAAUGAAGUUGGCACAUUAAGCAAACAUAGCUAUAAUCCAAUGAAAAGCCUCAUCGAUACUAAUAGAGUAAAAAUAUCAGAAAAUUCACGUUCACCAUCAUUAAUCAAUUCGUCUCUUACGCACAUUGUGUCCGAAUUUGAAGAUAAAGAAAAAGUUUCCACGGAUAACAGGUUUCACGCUAAUGAAUCUGAUCGUGACGCUAUGAAUAUAGAUGGGAAAAUUGUAUUGCCGACGAAACCAAGAAAUAAGUCGGCUCGGGAAGAGAAUGCACUGUCAGGCAUUGAAACCAAAAUGUCGCAUCGUCAUCAGCAAAGUCGUCGUCUUAGCUCAUCGCCGCAUGCUAGCCAUGAAGGAACGAAAUCGCCGGUAAAUAUCAGUGAGACUGUAUAUGCCCUGAGCCAAUCUGCUGGUACUGCCAUGCAAAUCACUCACGCAUCAAGUGCAACAACUUUAAUAACACCAGUCCGUUUGGCGCUUCGGGGCCAUAAUUAUUGCUUCGAUACUGGGGCAUCAGUAACGGAAGAAGAUGUGUCAGCAAAAAGUAAACAUUCGAACGAGAUUGAGGCCAAUAGCACGAAGCAGCACGAAAAUGCCUCCCAAAGCCGUAUAUGUGAUUUUACUGUAAAUGAAAAAAAUUCCGAAAAUACUUCCAAGAAUGAACUUCCGUUCACAGGCAUAGAAAAUGGUGAACCUAAUAACAGUGAUGGUGAUUUUAAGAGAGGGAACUUGAACAGCAAACAAGGGUAUAUAUCAAGUCCACUCGAUACGGGUGAACAUGGGGGACAUCAGACGCUAUACGGUGAUCAACAUGUAAGCGAUGAUAGGUCUAUUAAUGCCGUUAGAAUGUGUUUAGAAACAUCUUUGCAAACGACGUCAACAAAACAAGUGACGGGAACAGAGCCAACCCAUUAUCACCACCUGGCAGCAAAAACAACGACGUCAGAUUUGGUGUCAAUAAACAAUCGAAUUGAAAGGACUAGUACGGUCAAUGUUGUGGAUAAUGCUGGAGAUUUGGAAGCAAUAGCUAGGCAAACGCGUCAAAAUACCGAAAACGAAGAAAAAGAUGACGACAACGCUAUUACUAUGGAAGGUCAUGUCAGCAAUAUGAUCAGAGGGGAUGAUACUAACGAUACUUUGGAUCGGACACAUAGUUUAAUCCAUGCUGAUGAUCAUAGUUAUCGCAAUAUAGUUGGGAUAUCUAUGUGCAGUUACGACAGGAGCGAGAACCUUUGCCUACCGGCUGAAUCUUUUUCGCUUGCAAUAACAUCAAUAAAAGCGGAAAAUACAACUCUUAAAUUUGGAAAUAAUUUAACCAAUUCUACUACUACUACUACUACUACCACUACUACUACUACUACUACUACUACUACUACUACUACUACUACUACUACUACUAGUACUACUACUAUUACUACUACUACUACUUCUACAAUUACUAUGGCUACUGAAGGUUGUGUUUCAUCAAAUAUUACUAACAAGAUUCCUAAAAGAGAUGCUAUAAUAGCAGCAGCAGAAGCAAUGGCGGCGCCAUCGCUGACACCGGCAUCAACACCGAUAAUGAACACUGCGAAAAUGCUUGUAAAUAAAGCUGAUGGCAAUGAAAUCGGCAAAAAUAUGACGCAUGAACUAAAUACAACUGCUAUCAAUAUGAACCCAAUGUCUCAAGAAAUUUAUAAACUGAACGCCUCGCCAGGGCCGUCGAAAAUAUUAACAGAAACGUAUUCCACGUGCACUGAAAACAAAAAUUUAACAACGAAUGAGUCAUACAGUUCAUGGGUUCAUACAAGUGAAAUAUUCAGACGCUACAGCAUUGGUGACAGCGAAGAUUGUAAUGUCUUAGAUACCGCGGCGCAAAACGAGCCACACUUGCCGAUUAUAACAGAUUUGUGCUAUAAAGUAGAAAGCACCCUGGAUAUUACUAGGAGAAGUGAAAACGGGUCAAACUCAAAACUUCAAUUGCAGUCAAAUGGUCACGAAACUGAUUAUAGUGCGACCACUGGGAAUAAACAGCAGCCAAAAAAUCAAACAAGCGAGCAUUAUACUAGACUCCAGCCCGAUGAUUCUUGUACAUCUUUGGGGGCUACGCAUCGAUAUGCUGCAGAAAUGACAGCGCACCAGCAACGACAGCUGAAUGAAGGCAUACAGCACUAUACGCAGAAUCAGUUAUGCCACCAAAUGCAGCAGCAACAACAUCAGAUCCAUGCUCAUCGGCAAAACCAACUGCAACAAGAAUUGCAUCAACUGCGCCAGGAACAAAAUCGUGAUGAUCGUGAGCAUGCACAAAUUGAUACAUCACACGUGCUGCAGCACGUUUCGUCCCACGGCCAUCAUCUGCAUACGCAAGCUCACUCGCAACAUUUACAAGACCGUCAACAGCAGCAGCUGACGCAACAGCAUUUAGUAGAACAACAAAAUCAGCGUCUAGAUCGGCAACGUAACGAGGACCAGCACCAACAACACUUGAUUGCGUAUCUGCACCAUACUGCCGAGCAGAGUCGCCUACAGCAACAUCACGCCGCUCAUCAACAACAUGAAUAUCAGCAACACCAGUAUCAGCAACAGCAACAAAAUUUACAGCAUCAUCAGCAACACCUUCUUACAAAUUUGCUACUAUCGGCGCAGCAACAACAACAACCUCAACAGCACACGCCAACAGAUUUCAAACGAUUGAAUCGUCCACAACCCAGUAUUGAUGACCUCAUAAUUGACGAAUUCUCAGAAGAUCCGCACGCAGCCUAUAAACUUGGUCUUUCGCCAAACAAUGUCAAGCACGAAAAUCAAGAUGAUGGCUAUGAGACCAGUGCCGGCGAUGUGCUUACUCCGAAUUCUCAUAGCUCUUCAACGCACUCGGUAACGCCACAACAUCAGAUGCAGCAUGCUAUUAACCUUAUCCCACCGCCUAAGUGUGAGGAGCAACAAGUAAAACUGCAACAGCGGCAACAUAGUGUUAGUGAUGAACUUAAUCAACAGCAACAAUCACAAAACAAGCCUUUAGCACAAAGAAUAGAUCAGGAUCUUGGAAAUGCUGAAAAUCGCACAGAAGAAAUGUCAACAUGUGCCAAUACGAACGCAAAUCUACCGACAGACCCCUUCGCUUUUAUGGAGGAGGAAAUAAUUGCAUCAACGGCAGCUGUUUCUAAUGAUAAUAGCCCCAGAAAUGAUAGGGCCUCGAAUAUUGUACAAGAAUCUCAAAUUAACGGCGAUAAUGAGGCGAUUAAGAGUAGUGAUGUAGCUUUUCUGAGUUCGACAGUAAGUGUACUGGGGCAGGGAGACGAAAUGUUUAAUAUGCAACAUCAACACCGACAGUCCCAGCAGCAACAGCUAUUGCAUGCAGGUAAUAGCGAAUUACAGGAAUCAAUGGGUUAUAGUCUGAAAAUAAAGCUUCCAACCGCUGCUGCGAAUAUGCUGUCCGAGGGGGAACAACUGGAACAACAGCAAUUGUUAGAUCACCACCUACAACAGCACACACAAUUGCCGCAGCAAUUGACAACACAGCCGUCCCAAUUUCUUUUCAAUGAGAGUAAUGCGAUUUUAAGACCUCCACAAAAGAAACGGGGUCGCAAAAAAAAAAUUCAGCCAGUUGCCGAUGGAGCACUGCCAUUAUCAUUACAAUUGAUUACAGGAAAUAACAAUACUUCAGGAACAGCUGGUCCUAGCAGGGAAUUAGAAUCUAACCUUGCUGAUAACCCAGGUUUGAAUUCGAAUGAAAAUGCUUUCACAGGUCUACUAAAGGCGAAGGAGCGUAAAAAACAUGACCGCUUUAAUGGAAUGUCUGAAGAGGAAGUCGUGAAGCGAACACUACCCGACCAUCUUUGUGAUAACCUCGACAUUGUCAUAAUUGGCAUUAAUCCUGGUUUGUUUGCUGCAUAUAAGGGUCGUCAUUAUGCAGGACCUGGCAAUCAUUUUUGGAAAUGCCUUUACCUAUCUGGACUCACUCAAGAACAAAUGAGCGCCGAACAAGAUUACAAGCUAUUGAAAUAUGGCAUUGGCUUCACGAAUAUGGUGCAGCGUGCGACUAAGGGCUCCGCAGAUUUGACACGCAAAGAAAUUAAAGAGGGUAGUCGCAUUUUACUCGAGAAACUGCAGCGUUUUCGCCCAAAAAUCGCCGUUUUUAACGGCAAACUAAUUUUUGAAGUGUUCUCUGGUAAAAAGGAUUUCAAUUUUGGACGACAACCCGAGUGUGUUGAGGGUACCGAUACGUACGUUUGGGUUAUGCCAUCGUCAUCUGCAAGGUGUGCACAGUUGCCACGAGCUGCCGAUAAGGUUCCUUUUUAUGCCGCACUGAAGAAAUUUCGAGACUAUUUAAAUGGUUUAAUCCCACAUAUGGAUGAAUCGGAAUGCAUUUUUACUGAACAGAAAAUUAAACAAGUUUGCGAACAGGAGAAUCAGAAGAAUCUCGUAUUAGUUUCUGGUGUUGCUAAUUCUUCAGCAGGACUAUUAUGUGGGUCUACAAGUUCUACAGGGAUACCUGCAACAACGGAUAGUAUUAGCAUUGAGUAUAACAACUUGCAACUGCGAUCAAUGGAAGAUGGUGAAACCGUAAGCAUUUCCACUCAGCAGCAUGAGAGCGGUGGAGUCAGUAAUGAUUGUAAUGGCAUAAGUGGUUCAACACUUGGCGUUUGCAGUGAUACUGCUAUUUGCGGUAACUGCGGCGGGGGGGGUAGCGGUUGUAUUGCUAGCCACAUAGCUGUGAUCAGAGAAGGAGCCAUCGUCCCAGAUGCUAACUGCUCUAUGCAUCAAGAGCAGGAGAAAUUCCCUAGAUUUCAAGGAGCGUCCGCUGAAUCUGCUUACAUGUAUAGGUCCAAUGAUGGUGCACAUGGUCACAGCGUUCCUGGUCAUGUGUCGGGUCCAGGACCGUCACCAGAAACAGUUGCAAGUAAUAUAAUGCAACAAUCCAAUCAUAAAAAUUACGCGAUGACUACAUAUCACGGGCAACCGCCGCCCGAGAAAAAAAAACGUGGGCGCCCAAAGAAGGUUAAAGACCAGGAUAUAAUGAACUCUGCCACACGCAGUCGGAUGCAAAUGAUAGGACAAAUGGUAGGCAGUAACGACUUUGGCAAUAUAUUAAAUUUGUCAAUGAUGGGAGGUAGUUCCACUAGUACAUGUGUCAACGAUUCACUCUUGGGAAGCGGUAUCGGCGGAGGUAAUGCUGAAACACCAAAGAAGAAGCGAGGACGACCGAAAAAAGUAAAGCCAACUACCGAAACCCAACAAGUGCCAAAUGCUCUUCUUCAAGUGAAACCACAUGCAAUGUCGAUUCAGGCGCUGACGGGCAUGGAUAAUAAUUCUACGCAGCGUUUGCAACAACAGCAAAUUCAACAGCAGUCUCACACUUAUGGAAGUAAAGAUUUGUCACAGCAACAGACGCAGCAAAUGUUCUCAUCUAGUUCACCGAUGAGAUCACCAGCAUUGAAUUGCUCAUAUGCCGGUAUAACUCCACCCACUUCUACGCAGUCUACACCACCCACACAUCAACAACAAUGCGAUAAACUUCUAGAUAAUGGGGGCGGGAUUAUGAAUAGUCCUAAGAAUUUAGUCAACGCACAUAUCGAUAAUCCCAGUGGCGGCAGUGGCAGCAAUAAUGUAAAUAGCUAUUACACCCAUAAAAGUAUUGCACAGGGUGUAAAUUCGAUUAGCUCGGAACACCAUGACAGUGCAUCGGUAUCUAUAUCGCUCACAACAUCAGUGAGUGACCUUGCAAAUAAAGUACCAAUUAACUCAUCAGUACCCGUAUCUAUUUCUGCUUCACAUGAAUCGCAUUUGGGCGAAUCCCCUUCACCCAGUUCGCCAAAUAUAUGCGCUGUAGAUUUUGAGCCUCCUACUACUAAUCCUGCUUUAAGUAGUGAAAAUGAGUCAGAAUUGCAAAAUCAACGAAGACCGGAAAUACAACAACACUCUCGAAUCCAGCAUCAGCAUCAGCAAUUGCAACAAAACACGCGUUUCGCAAGUCCAGUGAACGAGUCAUCAGCUGAAAACCAAUCGACCGAUCACUACCAGCAAUGGCUUACAGCACACACGGGCAUCACUUUGCCUGCACAGUAUGCACACCUCCAUCAGGAACAGAUCCAACAGCAGCAGCAGCAACAGCAAGAACAACAACAAGCGGUAAACUUCAACGAACAUCAACAGUUACAUCAUUUGCAGCAAUUGCAACCCACAGUACAUCCGAUCCACGAACCAACGACUACCGCAAUUCAGGCCCAAUGGCAGCGCCAACAACAUUAUGAUGAUCUCGUGAGUAGCAAUUAUGGUAUUUCAUCGCCUCAUACACAUCAGCAGCAGCAACAACAAAAUUCAAGUCAACACAUGCAUCAUCAAAAUCAACAACAGCAACAUAUAUCCGAACACCAGCAUAACCAUCUCGUUUCCCAUCAAGUACGAUUGGCUUCCGAUGUGAGUAGCAAAAGUCUUUCUGGGCUCGAGUCACUAGUCGACCAAAUUCCCACAAUACCAGAGAAUGAUUCCGUAUCCAUAUCAACUGCGGUAGCAAGUAAUUCUGUCAGUGCGGCCGUUGAGAGUCGUUUACAGAAUUUGCAACAACAUAUGCAACAGCAACAGCAACACCAGCAACUCAUUAGUGUAAGUAGUUCAGCGAUUGAUAUACAUUCUGAGCAUUACUGCACGCCCACAGUGAAUGGGAUUUCUACAGUAUCUGAAACAAGUGAUACAGUGACUGGCAAUAAUAGCAGUGGCAGCAAUACACCGCAUCAAGCUAAUGGACUAUUUAAUGCUAACUCACCAGGCAGUUACAGUAUCCAUAGACUUAAUUCGUCAGCCGCCUCCUCGCCAGUUAUGAUGUCGCCACGUCAUCACCACCAUCAACAACAACUGACAACUCAUCAGUCUUAUGGAACUUCGGUGGGAGCAUCGCUAAUGACAGAUAGUGUAUUGCCCUCAACACCACUGACGAGUUCAGCCAGUCACACCAAUAGCCCAGCGGAUAACAAUAUGGCCGAAGAUGCGCCAAAUGCAUGUACACCUCCAACUAGUAGUGCUGUCUCUACAGUGCCCACCAGUCUUUAUAGCACUCCAUCAACGCCGAAUUUACACAAUAUAGGCAACAACAAUUUUUCAGUUAGUAAUUUAGCAGCUUCGUCUGUUACGCCAAGUAAUGGUUGUAGAAGCAACAGUAAUUAUAAUUCAUUGUCGACACCAUCGUCUGCAGCAGCAGCAAGUAAUGUGUAUCAUUCAAAUUUCAUGGCAGCGGCUGCUUUGGCUGCAGCCGCAGCAAAUUCGCCCACGGCGACAAGUGCUGCUGCUGCAGUUGCUGCACAUCAUGUUGCCCAUCCUCAAAUGUAUAUGGACCCGCAUGCGCACCUUCCACCACAUAUGGCUGGCGUUAACUCCAUGUAUGCGCCAGCACCAACACACCAUCACCAUCAUUUAACGCCACAUCAUCCAGUACACCAUCAUCAUCAUACAGCUUAUGGUACAGCGGGGCAACACAGUUCCGCCAGUAACUAUGGCAAUCCAUAUUGCAAUCCCACCGUUACCGGUGCAGCACAAGGCACUUCUCUUCACUUACCAAGUCCCAACUAUCCAUACGGAUAUGGUAGUCCAGUAACCGCUGCAGCAGUAGUAGCAGCCCAAAGUAACUACCCAACAGCAAUGCAUGCUCAUCAUAGCCAGUCGGCGGAAACGAAUGCACCGGCACCACCUCCUGGUGCAGUAUCAGCUGCUGCGGCGGCAGCUGCUGCUGCAGCAGCUGCGGCAGCCGUAUACCACUCUCAUCACCCGGGACAUCCGCAUGCCACACAUCCGCAUUCUCACGCACAUGCUCUAUCAAUGUUUGAUCGACUCAAACCGUCCGAUAUAAGUGGAUACGGUGGAUUUUGAUCGUGAAAACUGAGUUUUAAUUGCAUAUAAGCGGUAUUAAAUUUGGCCAUGCCUAAAUCCAAUUAUUUGCAAAGCAGCACUGUUGAACACUGAGGUUGCUUAGCGGUCAGUAUUCAACUAUCAAAAUCGACAGUUUUAAAACCCACUCAAGCAUAUGUAUAUAAAUAUAUGUAUAUAUAUACCAGAAACACAUAUGCUUAAGCGAAGCUAAACCAAAUUAAGGCAACCAAAAACUAACAAAAUGGUGUUAUGGAAAAGCUCAUUUAAAUUUAGCGAAAUUUGCCUUUGUGUGUGUAUGCACAUUUUAAAGUACAUACGUAUAUGUGGAGCUCAAAAGUCGUAGUGCUUUUUGUUCUGUUUUUUUUUUUUUUUUGUUUUUUUAACAUAUUUUGUUUUUCUUUCCCAAGUAAAGACCCUGUAAGGUACAUUUGAAGAAAUAGUGUUGAAUAGAACGUGAAACAGCUCGUGAUGCUGACAUAUUUUACUUUUAAACUACCCCAAUGCAAUAAUAAAGUAUAACAAUUGACUUGACAUGACUUGUAAAAUCCCUAAUUUUAUUUGUACAUCUGAUAUGUUAUUGGCAGAAUACACUUAAUGGUUAUUGUCACAAAAGAUCUUCAUCCACAUCCCUCAAGCAUAGCAUUUACAUAAGUAUGUAUAAUUCACGAUUAUAUUGGUGUUGUAAGCGAAAAUUAUUAUCAUGUAUAGAAAUUAACAACACUUUCACGGUUUCUAAUCUCGAAUACUAUUUUAGUAAAAUAUAAAUAUACACAUACAAUACCCUUGGUAUCUUGUGAGCCUAACCAAAACAAAAACAAACACAUAACAAUACUUCGACAUUGAAAAUGACUUAAUUGUAUAUGUAUGAAUGUAUGAGAGUUCGAAUAGGCAUAAUACAGCUAUCCAGAAUGUACAGAUGGCAAAGGUGUGUUUAACAUCAAACCGUUACCCGGCUCGCAGUGAAUUUGAAGAAACCAGCUGACUUGCUGACGAAACAGGAAUUAUGGCAGAGGAUUGUUUGCGGCCGAGAUCAGAAAAAUCUGAGACUGUGCUGGUACACACACACUGCCAUUGCUCAUGUUACUCCGUUACCGUUUGAACAAGGACUGGUUGGAAUAGCGUAAGAGUAAGUGUAAAAUAAGCGUGCACCAAACCUUUUAUUCUAUCAUCCUUCAGAGAUAUAUGUAUCUGUUGUUGGCGAUUGGAUUUUUUUAAUUUCCCUACACGGGAAUAAAAAAAAAAAAUUGCGCCCACCAGAGAGAGAGUGGCGUCACAUUGGUCUUCGACAAAAUUAAGAUUGUGUUGGGGAUAUAUGAAAAAAUAAACGCAGACAUUCAUGUUACUUCGUUUGCGUCUGAACAACGACUGAAUGGAAGAGCGUAAGAAGACGUGUGAAAUGAGCCUGCAGAGCUCGCCUGCCGAAUCCCCUAUGCCGUGGCAGCCGCAGUUACUCACAAUUUUGCUUCGGUUAGCCAAAACUUGUAAUCUAUCAUCAUUGGUUCUACUUCGCUCAAAUGCAUUGAUUGCUGAGCAAUACUCACACAAUCAUUUAUUUUAAUUUAACUUAGCGAUGAGCGAAUGAAGAAAGCAACUCGUUCGUGCGUCUGAUGUAAACAUUGUUGCCAACGACUUCAAAUUGAAAAUUAUAAGGAAGCGGGGAUUUUCUUUUUAUGUAAAUAAUGUGAAGGAUAUUAUAUUGAAGAAUUAAUCUUUUAAUGUGAUACUUUAUUUCACGUAAACUUCAUGUUAGAUUUUUAAUUAACAUUUUAAUUAGAACUAAAUUAAAAAGUGUAAUUCAAAUGUAGUAAUCUUUUGAUUUAAAUUAAAUAAAAAUUUAUUUUUAUAUACUUACGCGUGUCUCUGAAAUGACCAGCUCUGCUCUAAUGACAUUGCUGCACGCCACCAUUUGUUGUAAAACGCUGCGAGUGCGAUCAGAUUAAAAGUUCAUGAUUUUAAAUAUAUAUAUUUUUUUUAUUUGGACCAAUGGCUACCAACAUAGUUUACUUGAAAUUUUUCCAAACUACGUAUGCGAAAUUCAAUGAGGACAAAUCUUCGCCAUAAUUUAAUGAACUUGCAAUAAUCUGUCGCCUAUUGUCAUUGUUUUCUGAAUUUAUAGAACGAAACUUCGCUAAAGCUACAACAACGGUUACAUUAAUUUUGCUUUUACAUUUUGGUGGUUAGAAAACAAUAAUGAAGUGUAUUUUGUUGUUGCUUGAAAGCUCUAAAAUGUCAAACUCGACAUAUCGAAUUUGCCAAUGGCGUGAUAUUUGUUGUUGCCUCUAUGAGUACACAUGUACUCUCUUAGUAUGCUGGUCUAGACAACAACAGAGUAAAUGGUAAACAAGGUGCGAUAAUUUAGAGAAAAGGUUAAAUUGUAAAGAAAAGUCAAGGCAGCUUCUCUACGCCACCACUUUAUUGAUGUACUUUGGCUCGAAUGUCAAAAUUUCAAUGGGAGUGUAAAGAAACAAAUAAAGCAACAAUGAGAAGCAGGGCACAUUGGCAUUCAGAUCACCAAAUCGCAAAAAAAAAAUCAGCUGCUGUAUCGAAGCACUUAGAUUUGCCAAAAUUCAUAUAGGGAUACUCUUAUUAUAAAAUGGUAUAGUAACUAUAUAAAAUACUUAUAAAAGCGUUUGUUGAAAUACUAAUCUCACAAGGGAUGAUGUUUUUGCUAUGAAGCAAUAAUUAAAUUAGAAUGAUACCAAAAACUUAGCCAAUAGUUAAGUACAUCAGUAUAAAACAUAAUUUAUGAGACCAUUUUAAUUUUUUCUAUGAAACGUAAUUAUUUUGCAUUUUACGUUUCAUGGAAAAAAUUAGAAUGGUCUCAUAUUUAGUAUUUCAAACUUCAAUAAAAAACUAAUGUUAUGCUUUUUAGAUUAUUAUAUACCAGCCUUUCGGCACAUCCAUAGCAAAAGUUUCUAAGGCAGUUCUUAAUGAAAAGUUUUCCGUAAACUCUCUAAAUUUUUGGAAGUGAUUUUUACCUGAGUUUUGUACUAAAGUUCGUGAAAAUAGUUGUCUGAAAACUCUAAUUGUUAGAAAAAUAUGGAAGUAAAUCGUACUAUCUCAUUUCAUUUAUGUAUAUAUUUAUUACAUAUUGUACAUAUAUAAUUUGUGGAAGUGUUGAAUUUUUCUUGCUCUGUUCUCAAUCGAAAUGCACAACAUUUUCACUGGGAAGUUGGAAAUAUUUUCGAGUUGUCGAGAUAUGCAAUACGUUUGCAUUGUUUUGGAGGAAAGAAAACUUUAUAAGGCAUAUUUUUGUAUUUCACCACAGCCAAAAUCAGCCAAUUAUUUUAAUAUAUUCAUUUAUAAUUUGUUUGACCAUGUUACGAGUCAGAAUUAAUACAUUUUCUAAAUUAUGUUCUCCUUAGCGUCUUUUCACUGUUGUGCGUGUAGUUUGCCUGUGUGGCUUAGUUUCAGCUUUUACAUCUACAUAUUUUAUUGAGGUAUUCUCGUUUCUCAUAUUAGCAACGAAUUUCAUUGAGAUCGUAUAUGGGGUAUAGAAGUACAACUUUAUUCGGUAUUCCUCACAUAUUAAAAUUUAGUAAAUUUUAAUUCAAAGCGCUCAAUUUACUUAUUUAAAUUUCCUGAUACACCAAAAACAUUAUAUAGGUUGGGCCAUGUAAAAUUUUCUUUUUGAAUCGGCUAUAAAAAAAAACUAAUCAAUAUUUUUUCAAACUUUUUUUUUUAUUUUGAAGAUUGAACAUUGUCAUUUAUGAAUGAAAAAUAAUAUCGUUCAAAUGACUGCCACGACUGGCUUUACAGUAGGCCAUUCGAUCAACCCAAUUUUUAAGCACAUUUUCGAUUGUUUGGGCUCCCAUUUCAUGAAUGGCAACUUCGAUUUCGUGUUUUAAAGCAUCAAUCGUCUCUGGAUGGUUCGCAUAGCAUUUGUCCUUAACGGCUCCCCUCAAAAAAUAGUCCAACGGCCUAAAUCACUGCUCCGAGGUGGCCAAUUGAUAUCGCAAUUUCGGCUGAUUACCGUCCUGUUUAAAACAAAUGUCGUCCAUGUCAUCCUCUUGAAUUUUCGGAAAGAAAAACUCGUUGAGCAUGUCACGGUAACGCUCGCCAUAUACUGUAAUCGCGGAAGAAGAAGAAGACUCACCACUUUGGAAAUAGGUUUUCAAUAUUUCCCAAUUUAGUUCAAGCGUAUAGCGUCCCAUUUCGUAAAUGUCAAACCUUUAAGUAAAUUAUGAACACAUUUGACAUGUCAUUUGUGUUACCAUUCUCAAAAAAAUAGGUGGUUCAAAAAACAAACGCUAUAUGGCACACCCUGUAUAUUUUUCGAUAGUACUAACUGCUGCACACAGUCGCUACCAAACUCUAAUAAGUUAUUCAGUGUCAAAUUGGUUAUAAAAAGUAAUAAUAAACAACAGGGUAAAUAUGACGAAUGGUAUGUGUCGAGCAAACGGGAUUUAUCAUAGUUAACAUAAUCUUAUGUAAAAUAAUUUUGCAAAUUUUCAAUGUUCGACUAUAAAUAUAAAUACAGUGACAAUUAUUUAUAAACGUUUUUACAUGUCAUUGUAUCUGAGAGUAUAGUAAAUCUAAUGUUGAUCAUACGUUACGUAUUAAAAAGAUCGUACGAUUUUAUACCUUUGCACGCAAAUUUACUAUAUUUUUUUUACUACGACUAUGCCCGUGCAAAGUCGAUAGGUAAAAAGCAAAUUACAUAUGAGGAUGAAUCCAUAUACAUAUAUAUAUAUUUGCUGUAGUCACUACCAAAUAAUGAAUCAAUGGAAGUUAUAUACUUUAGAGAUAGCAAAGUUUUUCAAUGAUAGGUUCGUACCAAAACUAAUCACACUUUCAUUCCGAACUAUUAAGGGAACGUGAAUAUUCUCCAUCCGUAACCACUCUCUUUCAGGAAAAUUGGUUAUAAAGGUUGUGACAUUUCUUUAAAAAUAAAUUAGACCAAAUGUAAGACUUACAGUUUUAAGAGCGAUAUUUUUUUUUAAUAUUUACAUGAAUUACUUCUAGCAUUGUAAUCUACGAAUUUAUAAAGGCAUGUAUGCUAAUUUUCUACUACCGCGUUUUUGCUGUGUUUAUUAUAGUGUAAAGCGCUCUUCAAAACAAUUUUUUUGGGAAAUGCCAAUUGCCGUGGGAAUGGAAACUUUUAAGUAAUUGUUGUUUAAAUAGUUAGUGGCACUCAAUAAAAAGGAGGGUACAUAGCAGUUUCAGAUUACACUUUCAUAUAUAUCUUUCUUAGUUAUUAAAAACAAAAAAAGUUCAUAUAACUAUAAGAUUCUUUGGGCAUUGUGGUCCACUAUUUAUACAAUAUAUGUAUAUAUGUAUGAGUGUGCAUUCAUAUUGAUACGAGGUUGAACUUAAACAUUUUAUUUAUACAUAUUAUACAUACAUAUAUUCAUAUCUCUAUCAACCAGUAUCCUUGUCCAAUAAUCACAAAAGUGUAUUGUAAAAUAAAGAGGCACGUUUUAUAUUUAGUUUAACUACUUGUGAAACUCAUUUGUUAAAUUAUGUCUCUUAUUGUCUAAAUUGAAAAUAUGAAAACAGAGAGUAAAAUUUUAACUACAAAUUUCAAGCAAAAAAGAGAAAAUUUAACUCAAGUGAAAGACAAGACAAAAUAUAAACUUUUAAACUAAUUUUAAGAAAUUAAACAACUAAAUAUAUUUUUAUGUGUAAACAUAUUUUAUACAUUAAUAGCUUCAAAAGCUAUUAUAAUAUAUAAAAAUCAUGAUUUUAAAUGAUGUUAAUGAAAGCAGCAAGCAAAAAUCAAUCGUGUGAUUUACUUUAUUAUUUUUUUCUAAAAAUCUUUCUUAUGUUAAUAUAAAUUAUUGCAACUUAUUUAGGAACUUGAAAUAAAAGUAAAACAUAGCAGAAAUAAUUUAUAUAAACACAAAAGAUGAGAUAAUUGGGUUGGUCGACAGUAUACUAUAUCAGUCAGUGUGCUGUAUAAAUUGAAAAUUCUAUACGCAACUUAAAAAUUUCCAAUAAUACAUAUUAAAAUAAUAAAACAAAUAAAUGUGGAAAAGUCUUAAGGCCGGCAAUUAAGCGUUAAAAAAUACGAAAUAGGUGAAAAUUAAACGGAGGUUGCGUACAAACGAAUAAAAAGUAAUAAAAACCUAACACUGGGGAAAAAAUCAUAUAUAAAAAAUUAGAAGUGUGUAUGUAUGUAUAAAUAAAAAACUACCCAAAAAAGUAAAAGUACGUCAAAUACUGAGUAGUGAAGCAACGUACUACAAAUUUAAUUUAAUGCAAAAAUUAGUGAUGAUAAAAUAUGUAAGGUCACAAUACUUGCAUGGCAGUAAAUAUAUAAGCCGAAGUAAAUACGCCAUCAAUGCGAUAAAAAAGCUAAGAUGCAGAAGAAAACCAUAAAAACUAUGUAAAUUGCUUACUAAAAUUAUGUUAAUAUAAAUUUAAGAUAGUAGUUCGUAUUGUAAUUAUGACUUUAUAAAAUAUCUACGCGUGUGUUAAUUUCGAGUUGUAGAGUUCUACAGUAGUUUUUAUUAAAAUAGUUAUAUGCUCCAUGCGAAAGUUACUGUACUAUUCAGAUUAGACUUCAAAGUCCAUGCAUGACAAAAAAAUUAGAUCAAAUUUAGUUGUUCUAAGUUUUAUCAUUUGUCAACACUUUAACUAUUCUUCGAAUUGUAUUCACAACGUUUUUUUAAGAAUCACAUUCGAUGUGAAAUUCUGGCAAUUUAUUCAAAAGUGUAGUCUUCGAAAGAGUGAACCAUAACAAAAUUAACAAACGUUGAAUAAUAACCAGAAAAAAGCAAAAUUUAAUAA